AUGACAGCAUGUCGUAAUGGUAUCAGUCAAAAUGAACUUGAAGAUGUACUUUCACUUGAUGAUGAAGUACUUGCAAGUGUUUUUCAACAUUAUAUACCACCUGUUCGACGUUUACCUGGCAUCUUAUGGACAAGAAUUCGAAAUGAUUUAGAUGAAUAUAUUACAGAAAAAGAAGCUGAUGAUUCGUCAGUCAUCUUUUGGUACCAUCGUCGAUUUAUUGAAGUUGCAAGUGCUGAAUAUAUUUCAAAAAUGAAUUCUAAAGAACGAGAAGCUGUUUUUCAAAAUAUGGUUGAUCUAUACAAAGAAACAUGGAAAGGCAAAAGUAAACCAUUCAAAAUAAAUGAUCCAAAGUUACUCAAUAAGUAUAAUUUAAAUGAAUCAAAUGGUGAAAUUCAAGCAAAUCGUUUUACAACUUCACAACCAAUCGAAUUCGUUGAUGCUAAUGGUCGUAUUCAAUUUAACAGAAGAAAAUUGAAUGAAUUGCCUCAAUUCUUGAGUCAAUUAACAGCAAAUUUAGCAACGCCAAUUAUUGCUCAAGAAAUAGUUUUCAAUUAUACAUUUAUGCGUAAAGUAUCCAUUUUAUUAAUAGAAGAAAAAUAG